UUGGGAUAGCAUGUCUUCACCAUGGCUCAAAAUGGGGAAAAGUGUGUUCACUUGAGAAUGUUGGCACUCUCGGGGACGUUUGUUCAGUGUGGAGAGACUGCCCUGACAUUUCCAGAGCUCCUGCCCGGAUCCAAUCCUGCAUUUCCUAUUAUAUGUAAAGAGGAACGUCUGGAAAACCGAUUUGUAGGCAUGACUCUCCUCCAGUUAGUCAGAACUGGGAAAACAAGCUAUUCUGUCAGAUUGACCCAGUGCCAUAAACCAAAGUGAAGUGUGCACUGGAUUUCCACAUAGACGUGGGUUUGAUUUGCUAUACAACAAACUCUAAGGGUGAUGGCCCUAGAUGUGGGAAUCCAAGGAAGUGGCUGGUAGUUUACUCUGUGUUGAAAUGACUCUUGUUUCUCCUGAAAGAGCUUCUUCAUAGGUUAGAUAGCUUAAAAUUCAAAGCCAGGAUAGCCUUGUGCGAUGUCAUAGAUAAUGAAAUAUUAAGACAUACCCUCUUGGGAUGAUCAGUUUUGCACACUUGGGCAUUUUUCAUUUAACAGUAAGACUCACUGUGUGGAAAGGGCUGUAUGGUUGGCCCCAGAACUAAAACAUCUUUAUAUUCCUAGGAGAGCAGAAAUUGGGAUUACUUUAUAGCUAUCCCUGCCGGGACAGGACAGGAACACUUAUCGACACAUGUGAUACUACAAUUUGCCAUGGACGGUCACUGGGACAAAGAAUGCUGAAAUUAUCCAUUCCCUGUGCAUUUCAUCCAUUCAACCUCCAUCUCUGAGGGUGUGAUACCUGAAACAAGGAUUCAGUUCUCGGUGGACAGUUGGUCUGAGAGCCUUCAUUCUGACUACUGACUGGAAGACACCUUCAGUUCCUUGUCAUGUGGACUUCCUCAAAGAAGAGCUCACCACAUGGCAGCUGGCUUCAUCAAACCUUUAGGAAGAAACAUGAGGUUCUCUUGGAAACUAUUCAAGAGGAAGAUGGAAGGGGCUGUUUAAAAGCGAUUAAAAGCUGCAGACCGCAAUACUGGGGCCAGAGGGCUGGCAGUGGAAAACCCUGCUGGGUUGUGACCUCUCACUGAAAAGUUCCAGGUGCCUUUUUGCUUCCUGCAAAAGAAAAGAAGAGAAGGAAAAGACCAUGUCCAUAGCCUUGAAGCAGGUGUUCAACAAGGACAAGACCUUCCGGCCCAAGAGGAAAUUUGAACCUGGCACACAGAGGUUUGAGCUCCACAAACGGGCUCAGGCGUCGCUCAACUCAGGCGUGGACCUGAAGGCGGCCGUGCAGCUGCCCAGUGGGGAGGACCAGAACGACUGGGUGGCAGUGCACGUGGUGGACUUCUUCAAUAGGAUCAACCUCAUCUAUGGCACCAUCUGUGAGUUCUGUACCGAGCAGACCUGCCCUGUGAUGUCAGGGGGCCCCAAAUAUGAGUAUCGCUGGCAGGAUGACCUCAAGUACAAGAAGCCAACUGCCCUGCCAGCUCCCCAGUACAUGAACCUCCUUAUGGAUUGGAUCGAGGUCCAGAUCAACAAUGAGGACAUAUUUCCAACAUGCGUGGGUGUUCCCUUCCCAAAGAACUUCCUUCAGAUCUGCAAGAAGAUCCUGUGCCGCCUUUUCCGAGUCUUUGUCCACGUCUACAUCCACCACUUUGACCGGGUCAUUGUGAUGGGCGCGGAGGCCCAUGUCAACACCUGCUACAAGCACUUCUAUUACUUCGUCACAGAGAUGAACCUCAUAGACCGCAAGGAGCUAGAGCCUUUGAAAGAGAUGACGAGCAGGAUGUGUCACUAACGCCCCAUCUCCCCUUUGGAAGACUGAGGAAAGCUCUUCCCUCCUGGAGCCCUGCACCAGCAGGAGGGAGACCUCCCCUGGCCGAACAGGCACCUGCUUCCAGGAGCAGGCAAGGUGGAGACAAGCAGUGAUUCCUGAGAGACGUUCCCUACUCACCCCGUGUGCUCUUAACCCUCUGAGUGCUGCUAGCCACGACCUGUGGACCUGUCUGACCACAGUGUGCAGGAAGGACUGCCCCCUCUCCCUUCUGGCUCUCAAGUGCCCCGAGGAAGCCUCUGCACUUACGUGCGCGUCGCAGUCUGCCUGUGACCUGCCGCCUAAGCUUUACUGGAAUUCAGGUUUCGAGACUGAGACACUUACUUGUACUUCCCCACUCCUGUCUUGUCAACUGGCCGACUUUUCUGUACCGUGUCUUCUAAAUCCCGGGUGAAUUUUGGAACUCUGGAUGAGCAGCAAGUUUGUCUAUAACAAGUCUUCCUUUCAGGUCUUUGAAAGCUUCCACCCUGAUCUGAUUCUGUGGUUUAACUUCAUGCAGGACCACGGAGCCUUGAAGACGUCUGAGACCCCCACCCUUCAGCCUCAGCGAGAAUUCCCUACUCGGCAGUUUUAUCAGGGACCACCCAUGACCCCAGACAAACCUUAACUAUGGGGAAGAGUCUGGCUGUUAGGAUAAAGCUGACUGGUUACCAGUUAACUCUGAAUAGAAUGUGUUUUUUUUUUUUAUAGCCACACCAUUCCUUGUCUCUUCUAUUCAAAAUUUUUUUCCUGUUUCCAAGAAGAGAGGAAUAAAAGGAAGUUAUAAAUGACCAAGAAUGAUCAGCAAAAGCUCUGAGCCAGAUUAGCGCAGUGUUUGUUCUUGAGCAGAGGGUAGGGAGUUCUGGCUGUCUCUACAUAAUACUGAAGUUUCGGUGGAAAAAAACAAAACAAAACAAAAUAAAACAAGUGCCAUUGGCUAUUUGGUACACAUAGCUCAAACACCCAGCUCAUUGGUUUGUCGCCUUCCCAGCUGGCCCUCUGAGCUCCUACAUCCAGCCCGUGUUUUCUUUCUCUUCCUCUGCACUCCCCCUCCUUGGCCAUAUUAUAUUAUGGCAAGAAUUAAUUUCUGCCCCUAUGAUUGUGCCACAGUUGCCAAGGCAACAGUGUAACUGGAGCUAACUUCCUUCUUCCAUUCCUUCCCAGUUUUCCUAUUCCAGUAAACAGAAUAACGCAUUCUGUGCUACGUCCUGCCUUUUGAAACCCAAGUGAGUCUUAGCUGAAGAAAUGUUGCCUUCUCUGUUUCAUUCAUGAAACUGGUGGUAGUCCUGAGAGCCUGUGAUUGGAGGGUGAUAAUAAUCUGGCGAUCCUUGGAAUCUGACAAAAUAGCAGUUGGUGGAGGGAAGUAGAUAAGAAUGUAUUAGUAUAUUUUAAUGUAACACCAAUUAAAGAAUAACUAAAAAACUCUGA